AUGUCGAGAAGUGACAGAUUUUCGGGUAAAGUAGUUCUGGUGACCGGUUCCUCAUCAGGUAUCGGCGCUGAGACUGCCAUCCAAUUUGCCAAAUACGGCGCUCAAGUGGUGAUCACCGGUCGGCGCGCAAAGAAUUUGUCUCAUGUCUCGCAACAAAUAACGAAAGUAUCGCCAAAAGGAUUGAAAGCACUGGAAGUGGUGGCAGAUGUGAGCAAAGAUGAUGACUGCAAACGACUCAUUGAAUCCACGAUUAAAGCGUUUGGAAGACUGGAUGUGUUGGUGAAUAACGCCGGCGUAACCGGUGUUACAGACAUUCACGACAAGAAUAUUCUUAACGAAUAUCAGAGAAUUUUCGACACAAACGUGCGAUCAGUCAUACAUUUGACUCAUUUGGCGACAGAGUAUUUGGAGACAACCAAAGGCAAUAUAAUUAAUAUAUCGAGUAUUGCGGGCCUUAAGCCGUUCCAAUUGUGGUCCAUAUAUUGCAUGAGUAAAACAGCCCUGGACAUGUUUACUAAAUGUCUGGCACUAGAAUUGGGUUCCAAAGGAAUUCGUGUCAAUUCAGUGAAUCCGGCAGCCGUGCGGACAGAGAUUAUGUACACCUCUGGAGGUCUGAGCAAAGAGGUGGCAGAAGAGAACUAUGAACUCCAGGCCAAGACAUACCCAUUGGGUCGAGUGGCCGAUCCCAUCGAUAUAGCAAAUGUAGUGCUAUUCUUAGCGUCGGAAGAGUCAUCAUUUGUGACGGGAAUUAAUAUGCUGUCAGACGGAGGAUCAUUGAACGCUAACUUCAGUACUUCGGACUUCAGUCAAAAUAAAUGA